GGGAGUUGAUUUGGCAAUUUCAACAAAUGGCAUUGGAAUGGUUAUUUUAAAAGUUGUUAUUUUGUUUUCCUGUUAAUUGGACAGUCUGUUUGAUAGCAUGGACAGAGACAAACUUUGUGACAGCCUCAUCACUUGGCUGAACACAUUCAACAUUAAUGUUCCCUGCCAGACCACAGAGGACCUCAGCGAUGGCCAAGCGAUGGCGCAGGUUUUACAACAAAUAGCUCCAGACUAUUUUGAUGAGGCUUGGAGAUCGAAAAUCAAGGAUGACGUUACAAACUGGAGAGUUAAGGUCAGCAAUUUAAAGAAAAUUCUUCAGGGAAUUCUAGAAUACAAUGUUGAUGUUCUUGGAAUACACAUUCAAGAUUUCCUGAUGCCAGACAUAAAUGCUAUAGGGGAGCACGAGAACCCUGCAGAGCUGGGUCGCCUGCUGCAGCUUAUCCUGGGCUGUGCGGUGAACUGCGAGGAGAAGCAGGAGUACAUCCAGCGAAUCAUGGCCAUGGAGGAAUCCGUCCAGCAGAUGAUCAUGAAAGCCAUCCAGGAGUUGAUGACAAAGGAAAUGCCUUCAGUGACUGAUGCUGAUUCAGAACUCAAUGAACAGCUGAAGAAGACCGUGGAAGAGUUAAACAGUGCCUUAGAAACCAAAGAUGAACUUCUUCAACGCUGUCAUGAACUCGAUAUGCAGGUUGCCUCUCUCUCUGAGGAGCGGACCACUCUGUCGAUUGAGAACGAGAGGAUGGCUGAACGACUUCACCAGAUGGAGUGUACCGAUGACCCAAGUACUCCUGCAGGCAAGAGAUAUCAUCAGCUGCAACAACAGAUAGAAAAAUUACAAGAAGAGGUUUAUAAGUUAGAAGCAGGAAAAGAUGAUUACAGAAUAAAAUAUGAAGUUUUAUUUAAAGAACAUGCAGAUUUGAAAAAUAAGAAUUCCGAAUUAACAUCGCUAGCUGAAGAAUCGAGAAGUUUAAAAGAUGAGCUGGAUGUGCUUAAACACACAUCAGAACAAGUGGCUAAAUAUGAAUCUGUGAUAGAAUCUUACAAGAAAAAAUUAGAGGAUAUGAGUAUCUUACGAGCACAAAUGAAGUUAUUGGAGGAGAAGAAUACCAAAUAUAUGCAAGAAACUAUUGAGCUUCAAGAGGAGGCUCGUAAAGUGUCUUCGUUGAAGCAGCAGCUGGAGGUAUACAAGAUCCAGGCCCACGAGUUACAGAACAAGGUGGCCGACGAGAUCAAGCGAGCAGACAAGGCCGAGUUUGAACUGAAGCGUGGACAGGAGAAGAUGGGAGCACUCGUCAGGGAGAAGGAACGGAUUGGAGCUGAGCGUGACUCCCUGGUGGAGAUGAAUGAGGAACUCAAGUGUACACAGCUGCAGAACGUCCCAGGCAUCGGGGUUGGGGGCAGCGACGCCCACCUUGCAGUCAACGACAUGCUGACAGCACCACCAGAACUCAAAGAGAAGCUGUUGCGGCUGGAACACGAGAACAAGAUGUUGAAGAUGGGCACACUGGGCGACCACGAUAAACAGACAGAGGGUCUGCAGUCGUUACUGGACGAUGCGACCGGCAGGAAGAACGAACUAGAGACAGAAGUCAGGAUUGGCAACCAGAGAAUUUUAGAACUGGAAGCCCAGCUGGAAGACUUGCACAACAGUAAACUUUCGUCAGUGUCGGACACACAGGUGUCUGAACUGCACACAAACAUUCGUGAACUCAUGUCUAAAGUGUCUGAGCGUGACUCGCAGAUCGACCGACAGAGGCAGCAGGUGGAGGAGUUGGAGAAGCAGGUGGGGGCGGAGGCGCGGAGGCGGGAACACCUGCAGGACGAGCUGCGCAGGAAGGACGAACAGAUGGCCUGCAUGGAGGAGAAAUACAAGAAAUACUGUGACAAGGCCAGACAGGUCAUUCUGGGUCUUCAGUCUAGUCAAGGAAAUACACCCGAGGUGGAGAUGUUGAGGAAACAGCUGAUAGAGAAAGAUAAUUAUAUAGAACACUUACAGAGAGACCAUGAUAAGGCAAAGGCAAUUCGUGAUCAGGAAGAAAAGUGUAUGGUAUCAGCUUGGUAUAACUUGGGCAUGAAGAUGCACCGCCAAGCUGCGGAGGAGAGACUGGCGAAGAAAGGAUCAGUGGGUCAGUCGUUUCUAGCUCGUCAGCGCCAGGUGCACACGCGGCCAGGGCAGGUCCAUACGCGGCCGGGUCAACCCCUCGUGACAGUCAGUCCAAACAGCACCAAUUUUGUCUCAAUUACUGCAUACAACGAUGAUACCUCGUGACCUGCAAUAUUAGUUUACAUCUGUUAGAUAGUGACAUCAGUGUCAUAAUUAAGGAUUCCGGUUAUACACCUGUUACAGAUCACAACUUGAUGUACACUUAGUGACUGACAUUACACAGAGUGUGUUUAAAUCAUAGUAACAUGGUUAAGAAAUCUCAAUGUGAGGUUUAUGUACCCCACUGCAUUUGACGUGUUCAGUGUUUUAACGAGUGCCGCACAGUAUACACUUAAAAGAUAGGUGUAGGAUGUUUACAGACAUAUGUAAGAAUGAUUAUUGUACUUAAUGAAAUAUUCAUUAUUAAUGACUAAUGAUUAUUAAUCUGUUUUCAUGCCUUAGUAAUUAUUAUUUACAUGUAUGAUGUACUGUAAUAAUUUAUGAUCACAGUAAAGUAUUUUAACCUUUCCCUUUGUUACAAAUUGGUAAAAGUAUUGAAAAUAUUGACACUUUUAAUUUUUGUGGAUAUCAUGCAUUGAAGAAUUUUCAUUUAUUUAAAUACCAUGACAUAAUCUUACUUAAAAAGAACAUGCAUUUUUAAAAAUAUAUACAUGAAUAUAUAUUUGAUAGACUUUAUGUUUAAAAAACAGGAAACAACAUACUUAUUAGACAUUUACAAGAAUGUUUAUUUACUGUAUGCAUUGGAAGAUUAUAGUGACUGGAGGGACAGCAGUAUAUUAAUCUGAACAUUAACUGGGGAAGGGGGCAGUGCAUUAUCUUGGGGAGGGGCAGUGCCCCCAUGGCCCUUGAGCUUUUGAUGCCUAUGUUUAUUAGAAAAGCAAAAUUGCCUAAACGUGUUUAUUUACUGACCACCUUUGAGCAGUGGCUGUCUAAGAGACAUCCAGUCUUAUUGGCCAUUCCCCACCUCACACAAGAUGGCAGUGAUUGCUUAGAACUGUCCUUUCUAUCUUUGUCCUCUACAGUACACCUGACAUGUCUGGACUGGAUGUCCAGAAGAGCAAAUGUUCAAUCCCUAGAGAUUCCUGUUGUAAUAUGUUAGAUAUUGAUGUCCAAAAGAAACUACAUGUAUAAAAUUUGAAUCAUUUAAUAAAUAUUGUUGCUAAUAAAAAAAACCAAAACAAUUUAGAAAGCACCUUACAAACAUUUUACAUGUAUCACGAAGUGCAUUGUGACAUUUAGGUGUUGAACUUGAUGAUACUUUCACAUCUCACCAUAUCAUUGGUUGCUUUUCUAUAAUACAAUUUCAAGCCUUAUAAAGUUUCUUUUGGACGUCAGUAUAGUUGAGGAGCAGGGGCAGCUGGCCCUGGUGCGGUCCAUCAGGGGUAGUGAUGGUGGAGAGGGGGAGUAUUUUUUGUGUGAUCAUUGGAUGCGAUAUGAACAUGUCAAGGCUGUACACUUUGUAUUACUAUAUCUAAGUCUGAUUUAAUGAGGGGGGUGGGGGGGUAUACGUAAGUUACGUAUCAGAUUUUGUAGCAUGAGAUUGUAGCCAUCUGAUGUAAGGAAGUGAUCUUGGUUAGUCAGCGGUUAGUCAUUGAUUAGUCAAUGGUUAGUCGGUGGUUAGUCCUUGGUAGUCACUGGUUAGUCAUUGGUUAGUUGUUAAUAGGAGUGGUGCAGAGGUCUCACACUGAUCUGUGGAAAUUCCCCGUGGAGUCAGCCCUGAGGUGUGAACUGAGCACCUACUAGUCUUGAAGUCUGUGUUUAAUCCCGAUACUACUUUACCACUGAGCUAGUUUGUUGUUUUAUGUCAGAUCUAUUAACAGAAACAUCCUAGGAGUGGCAGUAAGAUUGGUUUUGUCCAUAACAGAAAUCUUUAUGUUUCCUGAAGGCUAGAGACCCAGCAAUAGUCUCAACAUACUGUUUGUUCUUUCACUAACUGUGGUCCAGUGUGUACAUUCAGACCUGUACCUGUAGUGUAGAAAUGUAAGCAUGUAAAUAGUGGAUAUUUAUUUACCAGGGUGGCAAUAAGAGUUUGACAGUCAAAUUUCUACAACGGAUUGUUUUGAAAGUUUUAUUUCAGACCCUUUUACUAGACGCAUUUUAUGUAUGUUCUUGCUUGCUUUAUUUUCUUCCUAGUAAGUAUACUGACAAAAAAGAAAUUAUGAAUGAGUGAAAAGUAGAUUAUUUACCUAAUGUCGUACAACAAAGUUUUGUUUUAGAACUAUGAAUGUGUUCCCCCCCCACCCCCACCCCCACCAUUAUUAGUGUAAGUUUAAUGUUCUAUCACAUAAUAAUGUAGUUCAUUUUUAUUGAGUAUACUGAAAGGAACUUGAGAAAUAUUUUACAAAUAAUGUACUUGUAGUAUAAACCACAAUUGUACAGUGAAUUGGCUAAAACCGUCCUUUAUUUUCUGUCCUUUUUAAGAUGUGAAUGUUACAAUAACAUUGCCAUGUGUAUAGGCACUGUCCAUUUAGUAUGUCUUCGGUCAAGUGUACAGGAGAGGGUGCUAUUCACGUGGCAUGUUUAUAAUUAAUUAUUUUACUUUUCUUGUACAUAUUAAAUGGAUGACCCAUAGCACAGAAGUUAAUUUCCUGACCUUUUUCUUGUCUUGAAAGGAAUGGACUGAGUAUAUGAUGACCAUAGAAUGAUUAAAAAACCACCUAGUCACAUGAUUUUGUAUGUGACAAAGUAUUACUAUUUAUAAUAAUGUAAAACUGUUAAAACUGUUAAUCAUAUUUAUAAUAAUGUAAAACUGUUAAAACUGUUAAUCAUAUUAAUAUCUGGAUAUUAGUAUUCUUAUUUUAUUUAUAUCAAUAUUUCUAGUUAAUAUAUUUAUACUCAAGAUAGGAAGAAAUCAGAAUGUUACAACUGACAAUAGCACAAUGUCAUGUACGUGUCCUAUUGUACAUCUGGUCACUGAGUGAUUAUUUCUAAAGUUGUGUGUUUGAAAUAAUGUUGGGGUUUAGAGAAGGGUGGUGCUAUAUUUAAAAAAAGAAAAAGAAUUAGUGCCAUAUGAAAAAUAAAAUUUGUAUUUCUAUUAAAUAAUGAAACGAGACUCGUCUAGACCAGCAUAAUUUAACAUGGUUUCAUCAUUCAGAGACAUAUUUUAACAAAGAAGCUUUUUAUAAACUAUAAAGUCGAAUCUGUGUUAAACAGCCACCUGUCAGUUGCAUAUUUGAAGGGGAUUGUGAAGGGAGUGGGGGUAGAGUGUGCUAUUUGAAAUAAGCAUGGUACUAACUAUGAGAAGGGAUUCUUCUUUGAAGCUCGGACAGGGAUCCCAGUAGUUCAAACCAGUGUGCUGCAGGUUUUUCUUGGGCUGAAUAGUUUCUCCUUCGAGGCUUCAUCUGAAGGCUAGACUGUUUUUCUCUUGUCCUAAUAGUGAGGACAAUGCUGCAGGAAAUGAUCAACAGUCAUGAGGGCUGUGCCACAAUCACAUUUUGCUGAUCAGCUUUUUUGCUGCAAUUCUCAUGGCUUCUCAUUCUGCCUUGUAAUUGGUGGAGUACUUUCCUCUUGCAGUGGACAUUUGCAUCUCUUUGCCAUCUUUAAGUUCAAUCUGGAUCCCUCCUCCACCACUUGGUUGCUUCCUCAGCUGAUCCAUCAGUAUAAGCAGGUGUCCACUGAUCUUCAGCGUAGGCAUGGUCUAUAUACUCUAAGGUGAGGGAUCUUCUUUCCACAUCUCACUGAGUGUCCUCAACAAUUGCUCACACAGUGUCUUUGAUGACAGGAAAGUUGUUUGAGGAGGGAUAAUAUUAAAUAUUAAAUAUUGAGGAGGGAUAAUAUCAAACGUGAGUCCUGGUCAGGUCCCACCCCACCUCUACACAUUACAAAAUGUAGCCUCUUGACAAGUAGCUAUUUAAUUUGAAUAUAAGAUCAUGCUGAUGAUUUGAGAGAAAAUUCAAGUACAUGUAUCCUGAUAAUACAGGUGGCUGAUUAGACCGAUUUCGCUUAUAGAAUAUUAAAGUUGGUUACUUAUGCUCAGUUUCCUAAGUUGACAUACAUUUUUUUUUUUUUUUUAAGUGUAUUAUUGUACUUUUUUUUUUAUAUUAAGUGUUUUUUCUUUGCUGAUUUAGAAAAACUAUAGAUAUAGUUGGGUAAUCUUAAUCUGGCUUUUUAUUAUUAUUUGUAUUAUUUGUAUUAUUUAUUAUUAUUAUUAUUAUUAUUAUUAUUAUUGAAAAAUACGAAAAUUAAUGUAUAAUAAACAAAAGCAGAAAGUGACAUUGUUAUCUACAAGGGAUAUGCAAUCAUUCUCUCAGAAAAAACUACUCUGCUUCUGGGGUCUUUCAGUUAAAUACUAAUGGAGGCAGGCUGAUGAAGAAAAAGUAGUAUUUACAAGAAUUUUGAGUCAAUUGUGGAAUUGUGUUUAUGUCAGUUGUAUUUUUUGUACUGUGCAUUGAUAAAUGAUGGUAAAGGAUAUGGAGGGGAUAUUGCAUCUUUAACCAAAUAAUAUUAUAUAUGGAUCCUUCUGUAAGAAUGAUUUCUUUUUUACCACAAAAUGCUUUGACACUAUAUAUAUACACACACACAUAAACACACACAUACAUAUAUAUAUAUAUAUAUAUAUAUAUAUAUAUAUAUAUAUAUAUAUAUAUAUAUUGAUUAGAAUAGUUUGGGAUCGGUUUGUUUGUUUGGGUUUUUUUAAUAAAAUAUUUAUUUUAGUCUAAUUAUUCUAAUUGUUAAUUUGACUUAGUGUUAACAUAAACCUGACAAACAGUGCUGUUUUUGAAAGCCACAGCUGGAGUCGUUAAACAUUCGGCCUCAGAUUACAGUUAUCUUCCCAUUUGGUUGUCCAAAAUUCGGAAAUUUGACCGCGCAAGUAGUCUGCUGUUUGACUGUGAUUAUUUCAUGGCAGACAGCUAUGA